CAUAGAGUAAGAAGAAGAGGCUUCCGGGCUGGUGAAACACGUGGGCAGAGAUAAAGUUAAUAAGGCUGGAAUUGCUUUACAAACUGCGGUGAAGGCAGCUGAGCGAGUAGGGGACAGUGACAGAAUGCAAAGGUUCCAGUGGACGGCCCAUUUGUGUCACAUUGACCUGUGCAGCUGACCUUUUCUCAGAUCAGAUUAAGGACAAGCCCCAGAGUUUGCUGCACGAGUCAUGGAGGAGAAAAACAAGUCACAAUUGUUGAACGGCAACAUGGUAGAAACUGAGAGUUAUAAAGACCUUUUCCAUGAAGAUGCACAGGUAUCCCAAUUGCAGUCUAAACCCUGGUGGAAGAUCCAGCUCUUUGUCUGGGAGCCAGUUCUGUUUGGCACAUGGGACGGCGUCUUUACCUCCUGUAUGAUUAACAUCUUUGGAGUGGUUUUAUUCCUUAGGACUGGGUGGCUGGUGGGUAACACAGGUGUUCUACUGGGGAUGUUCCUGGUGUCAUUUGUCAUUAUUGUAGCCCUGGUGACUGUUUUAUCAGGAAUCGGAGUAUGUGAACGAUGCAGCAUAGGCAAUGGUGGAGUCUACUCCAUGAUUUCCACCGUUCUUGGAGGCAAAGUUGGUGGAACCAUUGGGCUGCUGUACAUUUUUGGACAGUGUGUUGCAGGUGCCAUGUACGUCACCGGCUUUGCUGAAUCGAUCUCUGACCUACUUCAUCUUCAGAAUAUCUGGUCGGUGAGGGGCAUCUCACUAGCUGUACUUCUGGGACUACUAGGGAUAAACCUUGCUGGCGUGAAAUGGAUUAUUCGCUUGCAGCUGCUGUUGCUCCUCCUAUUGGCCAUUUCCACCCUUGACUUUGUGAUUGGCUCCUUCACACACCUGGAUCCAGAACAUGGAUUUGUUGGUUAUUCUGAAGAGCUGUUGCGCAACAACACGUUCCCUGAUUACACACCUGGGGAAACCUUCUUCACUGUGUUUGGAGUGUUUUUCCCAGCUGCUACAGGAGUAAUGGCUGGGUUUAAUAUGAGUGGAGACCUAGAAAAGCCGGCCAGUAACAUUCCGGUGGGGUCGUUGGCUGCUAUUGCCAUUUCGUGGUUUCUUUACAUAGUGUUCGUUUUCCUGCUAGGAGCAAUAUGUACCAGGGAGUUUCUGCGCUUUGAGUUUAUGAUUGCAGAAAAGGUGUCUUUGGUGGGCUUCCUCUUUCUACUUGGUUUGUAUAUUUCCUCUCUGGCCUCCUGCAUGGGUGGUCUCUAUGGAGCUCCGAGAAUCCUCCAGUGCCUCGCUCAGGAAAAGGUCAUACCAGCCCUCUCAUUCCUGGGACAUGGGAAAGGUCCCAAUAAAACACCAGUUGCUGCUAUCUGCUUGACCAGUCUUCUCACUAUGGCUUUCGUCUUCAUCGGCCAAGUCAACAUUCUGGCUCCAAUUGUCACCAUUAAUUUCAUGCUGACAUACAGUGCUGUGGAUUAUUCCUACUUCUCUGUGACCAUGAGUUAUUACCUUCAGCAGAACCGCAAACAAUUUGGAAGGUCUGCUUCUAAGGCGGUGAGCUCUACUCAGCCUCUUAUUCUUGAUAAAUCAUCCAGUUAUGGCUCCAAUGGAACAUUAUUAGAAUUCACAAAGGAUAUGGACAAGCUCUUCAAACCAGGUCAGAUAGAGAAAGCGGACUACACAAAUGCUCAAGAGAGAGAAAUGAAAAGGGCAAAGAAACUGAAAAAGUCAAGAAAACCUGCCAAAGAGACGUUGGAGGACAGCUUUAAGCUUGACCUCCAAAGUAGUACAGAACAUGAACUGGAGAAUAGAAUAUUGGUUACAGAAAUGGCCCAGGACAAAACUGAAAACCCUGUACAUCUUAGCUGUGAGAACCAAACAAGCCAAUAUUUUUCACAAAUCCCAGAAAUCAAUGGAAAUGUUUAUCCUGAUAAAAUUGAAGAUGGGGAGAAGAUGUUCACUGAGGUCCAAAAUGAACAGGAAGAAGAAGAAGAUGCAAAGCACAAAACUCCAGAGCUGGAGAUACAGAGCCUCUCAACAGCAUUUUACGCCAAACUCUGCAACCACUGGGUGUCUUUCCUGGGUGCAAUCCUUUCUAUAAUAAUCAUGUUUGUAAUCCAGUGGAUUUAUGCCCUUGCAAAUAUUGGUGUUGCAGUUAUUAUUUAUUUCUAUAUUGGCAGAGCAAGCCCUGGGCUUAAUCCAGGUGCUGCAGCAAACUUCAGUUUCUUCACAUGGGUCCGUACAGUGGCAACCAACAUAUGCAGGAAGAAGCCAUCCCCAAAGGAACAGUUUGUGGUGACACCUUCCUUUGCCUCUGUUGGAAUGGAGACCACACAGCUGACAGAGGAAAAUGCAGAUUUUGCCUCACGUGGGCGAUAUCAUCACUCCUCCAUUAUCAGUCAGGGACACUUUGUCAAUCAAUACAACCAAUAAUUUUAGAACGGACAGUUACAGUAAAUUAGACAAAAUAUUAAUAUUUAAAAAGUCAUUACCACAGGAGGCUGCAGUGCAUUAUUUUACAACUUGACCUGCUAAAUUGUGUGAAGCAUGAUGUCUUACAUUUCAUUAUUUCAUUAUUUUGUUAGUUUUGUAUUAAUGUGCACUGUGCAACCUGAAGCUUUUAUUUGGUUUUAAUAUAUUAAGGUUAAUAAAGCAUCUAUAUAUGCAAUAAAGUGCCAUAUACUAUCAAGUCACAGCCGAGAUUGAUCCCUCCAACAAAGUAUGGAGGUAUACAAGAUGUCAUGAACAUAAUAUUCCUUCCAAUGGCAAGGACUUUGCUCAUUCCUCUUUGAUAUAGUUCUUGAUGCAGCCAUGCUUGGAUGACAUCUGCUGUGCUGGAUAACGUAGAAAAUGUAGUACUCUGUUUGAGUAGACAUUUAUGUUAGGCCACUGCUUGUUGCUCAUAGAAACACAAAGCUUAAAGGGACAGUCUAGUCAAAAUUAAACUUCCAUGAUUCAGAUAAUGCAUACAAUUUUAACCAACUUUCCAAUUUACUUUUAUCAUCAAAUUUGCUUUGUUCUCUUGGUAUUUUUAGUUGCAAGCUAAACCUAGGUAGACUUGUGUGCUAAUUUCUAAGACCUUGAAGGCUUAUCUGAAUGCAUUAGACAGUUUUUCACAGCUAGUGAGUGUUAGUUCAUGUGUGCCAUAUAGAUAACAUUGUGCUCACGCCCGUGGAGUUACUUAUAAGAGGGCACUGAUUGGCUAAAAUGCAAGUCUGUCAAAAGAUCUGAGAUAAGAGGGCAGUCUGCAGAGGCUUCGAUACAAGGUAAUCACAGAGGUAAAAAGUAUAUUAAUAUAACCGUGUUGGUUAUGCAAAACUGGGGAAUUGGUAAUAAAGGGAUUAUCUAUAUUUUUAAACAAUUCUGGAGUAGACUGUCCCUUUAAUUUUUGUUUACAAUGAAGGAAACCUUCAGUCACUGUUUACCUUUUUGGACUUUACUACUAACCAAAGUUAUUAAAUUGGUAAGAGGGAAAAGCCCAUCAUGCACCUUCUGUAAAGAGGUAAUUCAUUAUAUCAUAUUGUAAAAUAACAAUUUUGUUCUGUUUACAAAGAUUAAGUAGAUGCUUGAAAAAAUAAAAUAUCACUAUCAUAUAAAUAACACAAAUUUAGAUUAUAUGAAAACAUUUCAUACUAUUUUAUUUGUUAUCUCCAUUUUUUAUAAAUAGACUUAAAGAUGCUCUUAUGAUGCAUAGACACCGGCAGGUAUAUAUACUGUACUAGUAAAUUUUCAAAUGAGUUAAUAUUAGAGACAUUGGUGAAUUUGUUAAAAAAACAAAUUGAGACGUACAUGAAUGUCAUAUUGUAAAAUAAUUUUACUUAUUUAUGUAGGACAUAUAUGAAGGAUACAUAUAAAUAAAGAGCCUGUUAUGUAUAAA